UCUGUUGCAAAACCCUCAAAACUAAAUCACACUCCUAAUAUAUCCUACAUAAAGGGAGAAAUAAUUAGAAAAUAACAAAGAAGACAUUCGAGUCCCUCGUUACUUUAUCAUAGUAGGGACACCCUACCGCGUGAACACGUGCUCCUAUCAUACGGAAUUUCUGCAAAACAGGCAAUAAGCACGACAAAGAAGUAGGUGAGGUAACGAGUUGAUAACGUUAAGUAACGUAAAGUUACUCGUACAGGUGCGCGAUAUGCAUACGAAGAAGCUUCUCGCGGCCUCGCUAUAUUAACUGUACCGUGUGUAUCCACACGUGGAUAAUCUGGUGUAUUUGCGAAGUGGAAACGCACCGCUCGUGUCGAAUUCGAGCGAGAACACCCCUGUACACCGCCUAGUGCACACAAGAACGCACAGAGAAAGAGAGAAGGGAGAGAGGGAGAGAGAGAGAGAAUGAUAGAGAGCCGCAAGAGCCAUUGCCGGCAUAGCGAAGGCAUUAAUUGGGAUUAAGUAAAUCAAGACGCUAAUUAGCUCGUGCCAGGUGCGCGCGCGCGGAUUUCCACCCCCGUUUACCACCACCCCAACGUCAUCGCUACCACCACCGAAGGCCGCCGCUGACCGGCAUGACGAACGGAUCCCCGGGCAUUUAAUUUUCCCAGCGAUUUGCUAUGACUACUCUGGGAUCACGAUGCGUGUGAUCUAGGAGAGAGCAAACCACGGCCGUCGUCAUUUAUUUGCGUGUUAUUAAAUUAACGCUCUCUCGCGCGUCUGUACGGUAUGUUGCAAAAUGGGACUACGAUAUGAGCAUUCGCGAAUUACGAGUACGCGGCCGCCAAAUUAUAUAUAGGAAUCCUAAUAGGAAGAUGUAGUUAAACUCCAGAAGAAGAGAGAGAUGGAGAGAGAUCUAAUCUAGAUUCGUUACCAGCAUAAAGUUUUAGAGAAAAAUUGAUUAGCAAGCAUAUGCUGGCCAUUUUAAGUGCAUUGUUUAAUAUUCUACUUAUCUGGUCUUACAAAAAAUGUAUUUUUUAUCUUUAUAUAAGUAUCUUUAUGGAGAAAAUAUAUCUUCAAAUAUUUCUUCUAUAUAUAUUCUUCUACAUAUAUUCUUAACCAGAAAAUAAAAAGCUGUUAUUUAUCUCUAAGCAAGUCUUUGAUGGGCUAGCAUCUCGUUAAUUUUUUAUUAAGUGCAAUCUCGUUAAUUUUUUACUAAGAUGUGACGUUUUUAUACGUACGCAACAUGACGAAAUCGGAAAAAUCUAUCGAGAAGUCAGACUUUGAAAUAAGUUCAAAUAAUUAUUUAAUGAAGUAAAUAAAUUUGAUAUUUCAACUAAAGCAUUUCUUCUAUUGAGAAAAAAUGCAAUUACUCUUUUCCAGUACACAGCUUAUUGCAAUCAAAUUAUCGAUUAAUCCUAGAAGACUAUGGAUUGUUAUCAACUACUCUUGUUAUUUCGAUAACAAUGAUACGAACAUUAAAUACGAAAAUCUAAGGUGUAAAUGUACAGUAAAGAUAUUUGACGAAAAAAACUUUAUUGCGUCUACAAAAUUUCGAUACCUACAAGUUUACGAAAUUUAUAUGUUGCUUAAUCGCAGCAUUCACGAAAUCCUCCUGGAGUCGAUAACGCGCAAAGCAUCAAGCACAUAAAUAAGCCGAACGAUGACUAUUUAUUUCUUUAUGAAGGAGAACCAGGGAAGAAAGGGAUGAGAAGGAUGAAGAAAUCAGAAAUGGAAGGGGAUUGUAAGAACUCCUGCGGAAACGCGGCGGAGAACAUGCGGUAAGUCCGCGCACAGAACCUGGUAAUAUCGCGAAAAGUGUUUACUUAGCUUGUCUCGACGUUGGAAGCAUUAAACCGCGAGCGUUCUUUCGUCUCCUCGAGAGACGAUCCUGAGAGCCUCUCCCUCUUUCUCUUCUUUGCCGUUCUGUGUGUACCCUUUCUACCGCCUUCGGUUAUUUCCGGUGCGGAGAGCUCCGGGGCCUUAUCACGUGCGAAUUCUCGUUUUCUCGAUUAAAGCAAUCAUUGAUAAUGGCAGACGAGCCAAUUAAACGGAAAAGUGUUCUUUGCAAAUAAUUCUUGUCUUUAUGAAUGUGUAAUAUAAGUGUCAUCAUUAUUUUACUUUUUAACAGUGUUAUCAUUAAUUUAUUAUGUUAAAGCUAUUAAUAAAGUUGUUGCUGUUUUAUAUUAACAGUAUAGAAUAUUAUUCCAUUCCAUGUUACGUCAUAAGCAUUUUCAAAGAAGGCAUUCGAAAGAAGUGAUCACGGGAUGUCAUUAUCAGAAAAGGUUUGCUUUCUUCAGGGUACUUUUUCAUUGUCUUCCGCGUUGUAUGAUUGCUAUUGCAAUGUCGUCGGUCAUCCAACGACAAUCUCGACGAUACUCGCUGAUCGCGAUACUAUGGAAAGGGAUCGACGCGACGACCAAACAGAUGGAAAAGCAAAGAGGGAGGAUACUACUGUUAGCUCUGGUUUGAAACGAUGGCCUCCUGGGAAAUGUGCGUAAUCGUCGAGUCCCCAUUCUGGACCCUGACAGCGACGGAUUCUCACCGACAAUCGUGCUUGUUUAUGGACGCGCGCAUCACGAAAAAUACAGGCCGACUUAGUCAACGAUCGUCAAAGCAAGUACAGUUACUUACGAUGAGAAUUACAGGCUGAAAGCCUUGAAAAAUGAGCUGGCAUCUAUAAAAAGAAGAGCAGUGUAAAUUACAUUUGAAGUUUCUCCGUCUAUUACUUGCUUCAUUGUGGGAAAGAGAUUACUAUCGACUUCAAAGUCGAAGUGCGUCAAGGCAUUUCUUGUUAAAGAAACCGAAAUCACGAGACAGACUCGACGAAGUCUGAAACGGUAGCUCGAUUUCCUCACGAAAAUGGAAACCGAAACCGCUGACAAGAUGAGACUACUACAGUGAGAAUGAGUAGGAAAAGUGGGUUCGCGGCGGUACCGAGCGCCCAGCGCGCGUGAGAGGUGGAGCAGGAUACCCUCCCAGGUAAAGGAGGAGGGUACGAAGAAGAGGGCCGACGGGGCCGGAGCGAACGAUCGCGGCCUCGGAAUAAAGUGGAAUUCAGCGCGAGCUGAAUUAUAAACGAUAUUAUGCAAACACGGCGCCGCGGAGUGGAGAGAAGCGCGUACUCUCUCAUGCCGCGAGAGUUAAUUUGAUGAAAAACAUCAGAGGCCAGGCGCGGGCGAGAGGGCUUUCGAGAGAGCGGAGAAAGAGAGAGAAAAUGAGGGGGAGGAAGAGAGAGAGAAAUGGAAGAAAGGAAGGAGACCGGCAAAAGACGCAUCUUGCGGCGAAAGAUCGCUCUCCGGAAAGCGAGAGCGCUCUUCUCCUCUCAUUUAGCUCCCGAAAGAUGUUUCCUUUCUCUUCUCCUUUUUAUUCAUCUCCUGUCAUUCGUGUUUGUCGUGCCUCGCGUUUAACGUCUCAUUUGAAGCCGACAGUCGCGACACUCGUCGAUGCUCGUCGCAUAAAUGCUACAUCGCACUUUUCGUGAAGAUCCUCCGAUUCCUAUUAUAUUUCGACGACCAUCAUAGUCGAUUAGAUCGAAGCAAUGAUUAGUUUCAGUCUCGUAGAAUGCGCUGAUCAACGCGUGUUUGUUCCUUGAAAGACAAAGAAAAUGCCGACGAAUCGCAAGUGCAUUGUCAAUUAGAACUUUUCGAUAACUGUCACGUUUCAUGUCAAUAAUUCGGAUGAUAUAUGUGUACCUUUUCAGGUAUGUGUCUCCGUUAUCAUGAUCUCUUCUCUCAAUAUAAUUUAAUAUGCGUAAUCAACGUAAUAUUUAUUCAAUUAUUGAUAUUCUAUCCAAUAUUCUUAUUAAUAUCCAUUAAUAUUCAAUCAAUUCACGUCCGCUCGUAACGUUGGUGUAUCACGAAAAAUAACAUCCGAGUUCCAAGAGCACGAUUUUCAUCGUGCCGAGUUUAAUGUGUUAUUAUCUCGGGCCCCACAAUUAUAACGUGGCGUGACAUAACGGUACGGAUAGAUUGCAUUCUGAAUUAGGGCGAUACACGCACUCGUGUCGCGAUGUGUAUCUACAUUCGCAAUAAUAAUUUUCCUGUGUCUAUACGCAGACAAUUGUAAAUUUUGACAAAUUUCUUCUCGCAAAAUAUUGUGCGAAUUCCCCUUCAUUCGUGUGGUACAAACACAUCUUUAUAUGCGCUCGAUCCCUAAAUGAUUCCCAUGAUAAUUCAAGAAACGGACUCCGUUAUUUGGAGAUAAUUAAUUUCGGAGAAUUAAUCUCAGAGCGCUGAAUAAAUGACGGUCAACUGUGAAAAAUUAAUCAUCACCACUCUUCUUGCGAGGGGUGCGAUUACGAAACCAGUGAAUUCCUCUUCGUGCAUCAUAGGCGAAACGAGGACGCGAUCAGGAACACAUCCUCCUAUGUGGCAGAGAGGAUCCUCCGGGCGCAGGUGCAGCUCGACCGUGAUCGCCGUAACGCCGCCAAUCUGCGCUUGUCAGGGGCGGUUCUCGGAUGCUCCGAGGGGGUUGAGCCAACCCUACGCGCGGGAUGUAGAUAGGUGGUAGAAGCUUGCUCGAAAAAGCACGUCUACGCGCAGCUGACAACAGUGACGGUGUGCCUGCCAGCCGGCGGCGGCGGCGGCGGUGGUGGCGGUUCGUUCCGGCGUUCAAAUCACGAAGAGCCGCGCGAUCAGCCCGCGUCGAAAAAGAAACGUGAUACGGAAUUCCCAAUAAACCGAUUCGAUUAAAUGAAUCGUUUAUUCAGUGCGAGAAAGAUUACAUCGCGUGCCGAUUUUCAUCGACCAACGAAUUUGACGCGGCGCGUUGAGAAAUCUCUGCGAGUUCCAAUCCACAUGGCACCGCGCCGAAUCCGAGAUUGUGUCAAUUUCAAAACGUGCUAGUUUUCGAGGAUUAAUUUACGCGUGUCAGUUUCAUGUGAAAGAGAGAGAGAGAAAGAUCCGGUCGACUGAUAACUUGCCGAUUGUCGCAAUACGUUCAAUCUAGAUCGUAUUCGUCAUUGAAUUUCAGGCGCUGCGGAUUGCGCAGCGAAGAGAGAUCGCGAGAAAGCACGAAUGCGCUAGGACUUUGAUUUCCACGGAUCAUAGAGAAGAAAGAAGGAAGUAGAGCAACAAUGAUGAUGCGAUCACAUCGUCAAUUCGCCAGCCACUUUGCCCGCUCCUCAGCGAUGACGGAGCGAUCGGUGCCUCUUCAGUUAUAAUGUCUCAAUUGUAAGACACUGCUUACAAUUCCUUCGAUCUUCGAGACAGCUAGAGAAAUAUCGUUCACGCGUGCCACGUGCGUGGCGACGCGACGAGCAUCUCAACGGGUGUGAAAGGUCCAAGUUCACAGGAAGUCCCGUAGAGACGAAGCCGAGAAAGCGUUAGAUUACAAUCUAUAAAGAUAGUAGACAAUGUACGGCUUGUACAGAGCGUGGUUCGGCGGUGGUGCUACGGGCGCCUACCCUUGCCUGCAGGACACGUUUUCGCCACCCGACACGGUGAUAAGGGUUGGUAACGAAGGCGAGCACCAGUUCGUCGCACACAAAGGCGUGCUCGCGGCUCACAGUGGAUACCUGAAGGCUUUACUGGCUAGUGCGUCGACAACAACGACCUCGUCGGCGAACUUGCCUUACGACCCUUCCUGUACGACCGUCACCGUCUCGACGGCCAACGGACAGUCGCAGCGACCGGUCACUUCUGUGUCGGUCUCGUCCAUCGGUGGCGAGGCGUUCGCGCCACUGCUCAACUACAUGUACACCGGACGGCUGGAGGUAACGCUGGACAACGUUUACAGCGUGCUACUGGCGACGCAUUUGUUGCACAUGCCGGGUGCUCUCGAACAAUGCAGAGCCGCGUUGUUGAGGCUACGGGCGCCCCCGUCUCUACCUACGCCACCGAUACCGGUGCCGACGUCCGCGUCGACGACGACCGGGUCGUCACCGGGGGUCGUCGGGAACAUACUUAGACCCAUACCGAGCAGAUUGGUAGUGGGCCCACCUUUAUGCUGGCCCCCGACGACUCCACUUGCGUAUCCGUCGGCCGCGCCAGCACCGACGAUGUCGCAUCUACCACCGUCGAUGCAACCGUUGAUGCAAUCGACUAUGCCGCCCAGCAUCAAUAUCGUCUCACCAAGAGAGAAACAGGAACAGUGCACGCAUUACAGUAGCGGCGAGGUGUCGAAAUCACCCCGAUCCUCGCCGAUUCCACAUCACAAGCGCCAGAGACUCAGCUCGACUCGAGACUCGAGAACACCGGAAAUCGUGUCGACCGUGUCUACCCUGCCGUUCGUGGCGGCCGCCGCAGCUGCGUUCACGGCGUUCGCCGUGACAACCGGCACGACAAACCCCACGACGAGGACAUCGUCGCCGUCACGUUCGAUUUCGCCGGCUCCGUCCUCCAUAUCCGUGCGCACGCACUCGCCCGUGCAUCGCAACAGCAACAAGUCGGCAGAACGUGAGAUUCAACGAGAACGAGAAAGCGAGGCUUCUUCCGUCAGGUCGUGCAGUGAUCAGCACCGAAGAUCGUCCGCCACGGUAUCUAUCGAUGACGGAGCACCGAGUCACAACAGCAACAACGCAAACGUCGCGAUCUCUGAACACGACCGCGCGCGGUCGUCCCGUCGUCGAGCUCGAACUUCGACGACGAAGGAGACGACCUCCUCCACGAGCACCGUCUUCUCCGUGGUGUACGACAUCGCGUGCUGCGACGGACCAGUACGCUUCCACCGUGUCCUAAACGAGAAUUAUUCGUCGACAACAUCACAUCCGGCGACCCAUCAGCAGAUCCGUCCGCAGAGGAACUGUCCGCUGACGGAAGGCGAGGACUUGUCGAGCGAGAAUGACGAGAACGGCGGACCAGGAACAAGAGGAAACAGUGUCGCGCGCAGUCCCAGCGAUUCGAGCAACGACGGCAGCAACAGCAACAACAGCGGCUGCUACACCUGCGGUUAUUGCAAGCACACUUUCAAGUCGCAGUACUGCUACAGGAAGCACGCCAAGCGGCACUUGUUGCCGACGAGGAUCAACGAGACCGCUAGCGGCGCCGACCCCGCUCCGCGACAGGACACCACGCGUAGCAGGAGAGAGGUCAGACUGCUGGAUCUGAACGUGCAGUACUAUCCUUGCAAGAUCUGUGGCUGCAAGUUUCCGAGUUACUACUUCGUGCACAAGCACCGGAAGCUGUGUCAUGCGAACGAGGAGGAGAGACAAGGUGCGGACGCGAGCGUCGCACCGAAUACAUUGAGCCGUGACGCGGACACGUCGUCCACUCAGGAUGCUCCGUGAAACGAGAAGACAUGAUUCUUUUCUCACUAUGGAUUUUUCAGAUUCUCAACAUGAAUAUUCAAGGGAAACAGAGACGUGAUCCGCCCAAGAGGAAGAAAACUGUCACUUCACAAGUGGAAUUUAAAGAAUCGAUGUUUACGUAUCGAAUAUUUAAUUGCAAAACUACAAGUCGAUAAUCAAAUCAGAUCAUCAUAGAAUGUAACAAACCGGACACUAUGCUUAAUUAAUCCAGAAUUAAAACACGUUCUUACACAUUACCUCAGAGAUGUAUAGUUAUUAAGCUAGAAACAAGCGUCCUAAACUUCGAGAGAGAAAGAAACGUAAUUUACGUUUACUAGUAAUUAAUCAUUCUCUGCUUAUGCGUAUUCUUUUACAUUACAUAUAUAUCUUGAUGUUAUCUAUAUCGUUUUGCAUGUUGGUACAUUUCUCGUGUACCUACAAACUGUAUAAAAAAAAACGAUGAAGUCCGUGACGUAGUUACGUAGUUGGUGUAACCAAGUUUUCGAUACACGUACACAACAGUUUAACGACGAGAAAAACGUUACCUACGAAAAAUAAAAUAAAAUAGCUACUUUUUCUUUAUAUAAAAUAGAAAAGUUAUAUUUAACUAUCAAGUUAAACGUUAAGUUUAAACUUCAACUCAUUACUACUUUUUAUUCGUUUUACAAGCAAAAUUUUAACCCGCCAUAAAAGUUUAGCUUAUAUUUCGAUAAUGUAUAUAUAUCAAUAGUUUUCGAAGUUAAACGAUUAUGUAACUUAAUAUAACAUAUCAAUCUGUCAAAAACUAUUCCUCGAAUUCAUAUAAAUAAAUCACAAAAGAAAGAGACGAGAGAUCAUAUCAUUAAUAUUAUUAAUAUCGUCCUCAUUGUAAAGCUAACAUAAUGCAAUCAAUAAUGCUUUUCCAAAAGUAUAUCAAUAAUGAAAUAAACAUGAUAAUUAAAUAUU